AUGGCCGGCCCUGACGUUCAGUCCAUGCGUGACUGUGCAGUCCUCUCCAUCCUCAAUGUGUUUGGGAUCUCUUACUUCUACCUCUUUAUGAUCCAUUUUUUAAUCUUCCACUUCCCCUCAUCUCCGACAGAGAUCUUAGUUGCGAUGUCCGUCCUCGUCUUCUGCGCGGGCUUUAUAAUCUGGUGCCUGUUGAGUCUCGUCUAUCGUGUUCUACAUGCUUUCCAGGGCAAUGAUGCUGCCGAGUUGCAGAAGCUGGAGUUCGCAGGCGCUCUAGUUAUGAUCUGGACAGCCACCAUCCCCUCGGCGGUUUUGCUGUUUCGCACCCAGUCUUCUCUCCAGCUGGGAUACCUUUGUGCUUUUACCAUCCUGGCGGUCGGGACUAUGGUGGACUUUUUGAUCUGGGAUUCCAGCCAUGAAGCCCGGUACAGGUUCCCGUACAUUUGCGUUUCAUUGGGCUUGCUGUCCCUGAUACCAAUCAUUCACUCCCUGACCGGGACGCCCCAAACUUCUCCGUCGCUGGCGAUACACUAUGGCCGAGUCGCCAUGUAA